CCUUCCCAUGCAGAUUAUUCCAACCUAGCUAUAAAUAAAUGUAUAUAUAUAUAUGUACAUGCUCACAUACCAAACUCAUCAUCAUCAAGUACCAAAAAUCACAAAAUCAUAUUAUUAAGAAUCCAUGGAUACUCAUAAUCAUCUUCUUCUUUUAGUGCCACUGCUACUUCUAAUAAACAUGGCUACUUUUUGCUUUGGUGACUUGAGAAAAGACUUUGAGAUCACUUGGGGAAAUGGAAGAGCUCAUAUACUCGACAAUGGAAAGCUUCUCACUCUUUCACUUGACAAAGCCUCAGGCUCAGGUUUCCAGUCCAAAAGGGAGUAUUUGUUUGGCAAAAUCGAUAUGCAACUCAAACUUGUGCCUGGAAACUCAGCUGGAACAGUCACUGCUUAUUAUUUGUCUUCAAAAGGGUCGGCUUGGGAUGAGAUAGAUUUUGAGUUCUUGGGAAAUCUGAGUGGCGAUCCUUAUAUUCUUCACACUAAUGUGUUUAGUCAUGGCAAAGGGAACAGAGAGCAACAGUUCUAUCUUUGGUUUGACCCCACUGCUGAUUUUCAUUCCUACUCCAUUCUCUGGAACCCUAAACACAUCGUAUUCUACGUGGAUGAAAUUCCAAUAAGAGUGUUCAAGAAUUUGGAAUCAAAAGGUGUUCCAUUUCCAAAUAAGCAACCAAUGAGAAUUCACUCAAGCCUUUGGAACGCCGAUGAUUGGGCCACCCGAGGAGGACUAAUCAAGACAGAUUGGACGAAAGCUCCUUUCACUGCUUCUUACAGAAACUUCAAAGUCACGGCCGCCGCUGCCGCCUCUACUGCCGCCAGGGGUUCUGGUCGGACAUCUGAAGAGUUGGAUGCUCGGAGUGAAAAUAGACUCAAAUGGGUGCAAAAGAAGUACAUGAUUUACAAUUAUUGUACGGACACCAAGCGUUUUCCUCAUGGCUUUCCUCCUGAAUGUUAAUACUUUACUUUAUAGUACUUAAUCGGCCAAGUGAUAUAGUAUACAUAAUAUAUAUGUAUGUAUAUAUAUAAAUAUUUAUAAGAGUGUUCGAUGGAUUGAUAUUGUAUAUUUUAUAACAUAAUCAAUUCAAUCCAUACUAAGUAGUAAA